GGCCCCGGCGAUGCCUUUUGGGGGGCCCAAGGAGCACCCGAGGGCGGCAGCGCUGGAGGCCGCCGGGGGGCUGGGGGACAUCGGGGAGCCCCCCGGAGCAGAGCCCCCCACCCCCGAGGGCAGCCCCAUGGCCCGCAGGAAGGGGAAGGAGGAUGGGGAGGAGGAGGUGGAGGAGCCGCAGCAGAAGGAGGAGAAGGAGGAGGCCGAGGAGGAGAAGGGCGACGCCGAGAACGGGGAGAAGGGCGGAGCCGAGGGGGGGCCCGAUCCUGCCCCGCCCCCCAAGAGGAGCCAAUCGGGGCCGAGGGUUCGCAAGGAGCCCCCCAGCGAGGGAACCUUCGAGCUCUGGGCCGAGCUCGAGGUCCAGAGGGUGAAGUUCCUGGUACGGGACCCCCAAGUGUGGGGCUGGGACCCACAAGUGUGGGGCUGGGACCCCCAAGUGCGGGGCUGGGCCCUCCUAGUGUGGGAAUGGGACCCCCAAGUGUGGGGCUGGGACCCUCAAGUAUGGGACUGAGACCUCCAAGUGUGGGGCUGGGCCUCCAAGUGUGGGGCUGGGACCCCCAAGUGUGGGGCAGGGACCUCCUAGUGUGGGAAUG